ACGCCCAACACCCCCUUUGAGGAGCUGUUGACCGACCUCAACAUCACGGACUAUGAGCUGGGGACGAUGGAUCUGCAUACCGAUGAGACAACAUUUCUGCGGGGGAUGUGGCCGACCGAUGAGUCGGGGGUCAUGGAGAUGAAGACCAUUUUUCCGGGCUUUUACGUCGCGCGGGCAAUCCACAUCCAUGUCCAGGUGCACACGGACUGGACGCUGCGCGCGAACGGCACGAUCACGUCCAGCCACACGGUGAGCACGGGCCAGAUCUACUUUGCCGAGGAGCUGGAGCGCGAGAUCAUGGCCCUCGAGCCGUACGUCUCGCAUACCCAGAUCAAUCGCACCACCAACGCGGAGGACUCUGUCUUCUUCCAGGAUACCGAGGGCGGGUAUAACCCGGUGAUCUCGGUGGUGCCAGCUGACGGCAAGGACGUGAGGAAUGGGAUGAUCGGGUAUAUUACCAUUGGGGUUGAUACUUCGGCGAUUGAGUCGUAUAGCAAAGGGGAUGUUGAUUAUGGGUUGUAG